UGAUGACAUCAUAUGUGAGGAGGAAGUGCUUGGACGGCUUGCCCCUGGUCAGGCACAGCCACAAACGUUGUGCAUUCCCUUCUCUGGCGUUUUGCUUUUUGACGGCUGGAAAAUGAUUUAAUUCGGUUACCCGGGUGAACACCACACCAUAGCAACAAUGAGCAGCGAGAGGGUGAGCCUGCCGUUCAAGCUCUAUUGCCUGACGGUGAUGACCCUGGUAGCGGCCACUUAUAAUGUGGUUGUACGCUACACGAGGAUCGCUUCGGCCGAAAUAAUGUACUUCUCCACCACCGCCGUGUGCAUGACCGAAGUCAUCAAACUCAUACUAAGCAUUGGCAUGCUGGCAAGAGAAUCGGGAACGCCGUCAAAGCUGCUGGCUGACAUAAAAGAGCAGGUGUUGUGCAACCCUGGAGGGUUGCUGAAGCUUAGUGUACCCUCUGUGGUUUAUGCCGUGCAGAACAACAUGGCGUUUGUUGCACUGAGCAACCUUGAUGCUGCAGUUUAUCAGGUGAUCUAUCAGCUGAAGAUCCCAUGCACGGCGUUGUGCAUGGUCAUUAUGCUAAACCGGUCCCUCGGCAAGAAACAGUGGUUCUCCAUCUGCACGCUCUGCGUGGGAGUCAUCCUAGUACAGUUUAAGCCCGUCGAGGCCACCAAAGUCAAAGUUGAGCAAAACCCUUUUCUUGGGUUCAUGGCCAUCGUUGUCGCUGUGUUCUGCUCUGGGUUCGCAGGUGUGUACUUCGAGAAGGUGCUGAAGAGUUCCGACACGUCCCUGUGGGUGAGAAACAUCCAGAUGUAUUUGUCGGGUAUCGCCUGCACUCUGAUGGGCGUGCUGUUGAACGAUGGAGAUAAGGUCAUCGAGCAUGGCUUCUUUUACGGUUACACUCCUUGGGUGUGGUUCGUUGUAUUCAUGGGCAGCGUGGGAGGCCUGUACACAUCCAUUGUGGUCAAGUACACGGACAACAUCAUGAAGGGUUUUUCCGCAGCGGCAGCCAUUGUUCUCUCCACCGUGGCUUCGUUCUUCUUGUUUGGAUUGCAUAUAACGUCCACAUUCUUGUGCGGAGCCAUCCUGGUCUGCGCAUCCAUCUACCUGUAUGGCCUUCCAGUCAGCAAGGAAUGUGCAGACACGGAGUCCAAACAGAAACCAAUCACGGUGUGAGUCUAGUGACUCCGAUUCCAGAUACCAGAGGUCUCUGGUCCCCCCAAAACUUGGACUAAGGGGGAGGAAGGCUACCCCACCCUUAAUCACGGACUUUUUAAUUCAAUUAUGUGGGUUCUGUCUGCACCAAGUGUAAAUAAAACACUGCAGCCCCACUUAUCUAAUCAAAGGGGGGCAGGGGGGUCAUUGUAAAGACUGAACAAAACCUGUGAAGAUUUUGUUGAAGUGGAGACGCUGUUCAGUUAAAACCUCAACGGUUGCACUGCUUAAAACACGUUCAGGACCAAUAUCUGCAUUUGUCAUUGAUUUAUUUACUAAAGGGUCAAAUACUGUAUUCAUUGAGCAAUGGUGAUGAGUGUUGUUUUUCUUUGAUGGACAAAAUGGCUUCACAGCCCAAGUUAAAUACAUCAAUUGUGAAUGUAUUAGAAUUCUUUUCAUACUUGAAAUGACAUGACGUUGUACAUAGCUACAAAUGUCACUUUUUAUUUACAAGUCAUUUUGUGUUAACUGAAGAUUCAAAUGUACACAUUUGGAAUUGUACUUGUCAAGCAGCGCUUAUGUCCCUGCUGCUGUCAUUACAAAUGAAUCAAAACUUAAUUUAAAUGAUUUUUUAAAAUAAUAAACUCUUAAAAGUAGGGAUAUCAUUUUUUUUUUCCGUCCGUUUUGAAGAUCUGACAAUCUGUGUGUAUCCCAGCGUACUCUUACAUAUGUGAGUGUAUUAACUGUUUUGUUUUACAUUUUUCACAACUUUUAUUGUUAUUGUUCAAUAAUAUAAUAGUAACGUGUAUUACAUGUUUUGAUGCAUUUUUAUGCUUUAUAAAAGAUUUAUGUCUGAA